CGCGCCAUGGCCCCGAAGCGACAAUCUGCGAUCCUGCCUCAGCCCAAGAAACCCAGACCGGCUGCUACCCCGAAGCUGGAGGACAAGUCGGCCUCUCCCGGCCUGCUGAAGGGAGAAAAAGAACAGCAAGAAGCAAUUGAACAUAUUGAUGAAGUACAAAAUGAAAUAGACAGACUUAAUGAACAAGCCAGUGAGGAAAUUUUGAAAGUAGAACAAAAAUAUAACAAACUCCGCCAACCAUUUUUUCAGAAGAGGUCAGAAUUGAUCGCCAAAAUCCCAAAUUUCUGGGUAACAACAUUUGUCAACCAUCCACAAGUGUCUGCACUGCUUGGGGAGGAGGACGAGGAGGCUCUGCAUUAUUUGACCAGAGUUGAAGUGACAGAAUUUGAAGACAUUAAAUCAGGUUACAGAAUAGAUUUUUAUUUUGAUGAAAAUCCUUACUUUGAAAAUAAAGUUCUCUCCAAAGAAUUUCAUCUGAAUGAGAGUGGUGACCCGUCUUCAAAAUCCACCGAAAUCAAAUGGAAAUCUGGAAAGGAUUUGACAAAACGCUCAAGUCAAACGCAGAAUAAGGCCAGCAGGAAGAGGCAGCAUGAGGAGCCAGAGAGCUUCUUUACCUGGUUUACUGACCACUCUGACGCGGGUGCUGACGAGUUAGGAGAGGUCAUCAAG